CCUCCACUACUCCCGACCUGCAGACCGGGCGCUCGGCUCCCGCGCGCGCUUCGGCCCCAACCAACCACGAACUGGAGCGGCUCAGUGUGCGAGCUGGGACAGGUCCCCAGGCUCGGGGGGGACCCGAGGUGGCCUCCGAGGCCUGACGCCGAGUCCCGGCCUCCCCAGCGACGCCAGCAGACCAGGGCGCCCGCAGUGGGAUGUGGUCCAGCCUCAGCGAAUGGUUCUGGCAGGACAGGUUCUGGCUCCCACCCAACAACACGUGGGCUCUCCUGGAGGACCGGGAUGGCCUGGUCUUUGCUCACCCCCGGGACUUGCUGGCAGCCCUGCCCCUGGCGCUGGCCCUGGUGGUCAUGCGCUUCACCUUCGAGAGAUUUGUUGGCCUGCCCCUGAGCCGGUUGCUAGGUGUGCGAGAUCAGGCCAGGAAGCCGGUGAAGCCCAAUGCCACUCUGGAGAAAUACUUCCUCACGAAAGGGUGGAAGCCCAAGGAGCCCCAGAUGGCCCUCCUCGCUGCCCAGUGCGGCCUGACGCUACAGCAGACCCAGCGCUGGUUCCGGAGGCGCCGGAAUCAGGACCGGCCCUGCCUGACCAAGAAGUUCUGUGAGGCCAGCUGGAGGUUUAGCUUCUACGCCUGCGCCUUCUUUGGUGGCCUGUCGAUCCUCUACCACGAGUCGUGGCUGUGGAGGCCGGAAAUGUGCUGGGACAAUUACCCGGUUCAGCCCCUGAAGCCGGCCCUGUACUGUUGGUACCUCCUGGAACUGAGCUUCUACAUCUCGCUGCUGAUGACGCUGCCCUUUGAUGUCAGGCGCAAGGACUUCAAGGAGCAGGUGGCGCACCACUUCGUGACCAUCAUCCUGAUCAGCUUCUCCUACAGCUCCAACCUGCUGCGCAUCGGCUCCCUGGUGCUGCUGCUGCACGACGCCUCCGACUACCUCCUGGAGGCCGGUAAGAUGUUCAAUUACACGCCCUGGAGGAAGGUGUGCGACACCCUCUUCAUCGUCUUCUCCUUGGUCUUCUUCUAUACUCGCCUCGUGCUCUUCCCUACGCGGAUCCUCUACACCACGUACUACGACUCCAUUGCCCAGUGGGACACCUUCUUCGGCUACUACUUCUGCAACGCUCUCCUGAUGGCGCUGCAGCUGCUGCACGUGUUCUGGUCUUGCCUCAUCCUUCGCAUGAUCUACAGCUUCGUGAAGAAGGGCCGGAUGGAGAAGGAUGUCCGCAGCGACGUGGAGGAGUCCGAUUCCAGCGACGGCGAGGUGGCCCAGGAGCACCUGCUGCUGAAGAACGGCGCUGCUCACAGGCCCGGCGUGGCCCCCGCCGACGGUCCCCGGAGCCGGCUGGUGGGGCGGGUGGCCAACGGGCACACUGCGACCACAUAGCCAGCCCAGGAUGGCCUCGAGGGCCUGCCCCCUGUGCUCUGGGGCUUGGAUUUGUGGGGCUGCUGGACUGGAGGCUCUGGAGACAGGGACAGCCCUCCCCCAGGGUCAGGAGGAGGGCGGAUGAUCUGUCUCCAGCCCCCUCAAUGCCUUCCCUCCCAUCCCCUCCCCUCCCCCCUUCUUCUCCCCUCCCCCCCUUCUCCUCCCCUCCCCUCCCCUCCCCUCGGGCACCUGGACAGAGCUCGGGAGGGUGGGCAGCAGGUCGAUGCUGCAGCUCUCCAGAGCCACCUCCAGGCUGAAAGGCAUCCAAUAAAACUUGAACGGAGCCACA